GCUCCGCCCCGCCCCGCGGUGCCUCAGCCGCCGCCGCGCUGCAAGUUCGGAGCGCGGCCCGCGGGCGCGGAGCGCAGCGGGCGGGCGGGCGGGCAGAGCGGGCAUGCCGGCGGCGGCGGGCGAUGGGCUCCUGGGCGAGCCGGCGGCCGUGGCGGCGGGCGGGGAGGCGCGGCGGGCGGCGGCGGACGGCGGCUCCUUCCUGGCCGCCUGGCUGAGCGCCGCCGCGCCCCGCGAGCGGCUCCGCGACUUCCAGCACACCAAGAGGGUCGGCAACUACCUGAUCGGCAGGAAGCUGGGAGAGGGAUCCUUCGCCAAGGUCCGCGAGGGGCUGCAUGUGGUCACCGGAGAGAAGGUGGCAGUGAAAGUGAUUGACAAGAAGAGGGCCAAGAAGGACACGUACGUCACCAAGAACCUGCGGCGCGAGGGGCAGAUCCAGCAGAUGAUCCGCCACCCCAACAUCGCCCAGCUGCUGGACAUCCUGGAGACUGAGAACAGCUACUACCUGGUCAUGGAGCUGUGCCCUGGCGGCAACCUCAUGCACAAGAUCUACGAGAAGAAGAGGCUGGAGGAGCACGAGGCCCGCAAGUACAUCCGGCAGCUCAUCCUGGCCGUGGAGCACCUGCACCGCGCCGGGGUCGUGCACAGAGACUUGAAGAUAGAAAAUCUGUUGCUAGAUGAAGACAACAAUAUCAAGCUUAUUGACUUUGGAUUGAGCAACUGUGCAGGAAUUUUGGGUUAUUCUGAUCCCUUCAGCACCCAGUGUGGGAGCCCAGCAUAUGCAGCCCCUGAACUUCUGGCAAGGAAGAAGUACGGGCCCAAAAUAGACGUUUGGUCCAUUGGGGUGAACAUGUAUGCCAUGCUGACUGGAACAUUGCCCUUCACUGUGGAGCCAUUCAGCCUGAGAGCCUUAUACCAAAAGAUGGUGGACAAAGAGAUGAACCCCUUUCCCACCCAGCUCUCCUCAGCUGCCAUAAACUUCCUGCGCUCUCUCCUGGAGCCAGACCCUGCCAAGAGACCAAACAUCCAGCAGGCCCUGGCCAACAGAUGGCUCAAUGAGAACUACCCUGGAAGAGCACCACCCAACGUCACCUACCCCAACAGGAUUCACCUGGAGGACCUGAGCCAGAGCGUGCUGCUGCACAUGACCGAGAAGCUGGGCUACAAGAACAGCGAUGUGAUCAACACCGUGCUGUCCAACAGGGCCAGCCACACCCUGGCCAUCUACUUCCUGCUCAACAAGAAGCUGGAGCGCUACCUGGCCAGCCUCAGGAAGGCUGAAGGCCAGGACAGUGUUUGCCACAAGAACCAGCUCUACCAGAUAGAAAAAUACAAGGCCAGUAAAGACUCCUAUGAGGACAAAAAACUCAAAGAGCAAGAAAAGAAAGGGGAGAUCCUUCACCGUCAGCUCCCAAAGAAAACUGAGAAAAGUCCAGUUUCAUAUAGACAGCCUUCUUCCUGUCUUAUCUCACAGAUCCAGAACACCAAGGCUCUGCUGAAGGACCGGAAGGUCGCCAAGGCCGGGGGUCCCGACAAAGACUCCAGCGUGAGCCCUUUGCACGAGCCCCUGGCACCCAAGACAGGCUCCAGCUCCCUGGAAUACCUGGAGGUGCAGCAGCCUCCCCCCAGGACCCCGCGGCUCCUCAAGAGGCAGGAGUCCCCACAGCCAGAGCCGUCCCGGAUCGGGGGCCGGGCCAAGGACUCCCCUCUCAUCCUCAACAUCGUGCACUCCUUCGAGUCAGUUGACAGAGAGGACCAAAUAGACCAGGUUUCCCCCUCUCACCAGUACAGAAUUUUAGGCUCCCCAGUGAAUUUCCCUUACAAAAGCUCCAGUGAAAGGACACUGUCGCCGCUCUUUCCCCCGAGGAGCACGUCCCCCAUCCACCCCACCCAGGUCUCUUUCACCUAUGAAGAGAAAGCGUAUCCGGCAAAGGAAGAGGCGGUGUCCCCUACCCAGCUGGUCCCCAGCAACCCCCUGGGCAGCCCAAACUGUGUGAAAAGCAGGGGCAGGUUCCCCAUGAUGGGGAUCGGACAGAUGCUGAGGAAGAGGAACCAGAGCAUGCAGUCGGUGAGCGAAAAGCCCCUGGAAGCCAGGAUGCCUCAGCUGCAGCAGAUGAGCCCCACACAGAUUUCCUUCAACACAGAGGCUGUCAGCGGCCAGUGUUAGCCUGACAUCCUGGGAAUUGCACUGCUCUUCUCUGGGAUCUAACCUUUUUCUCCUUUAAGCAAGAAGGGAAAGCCACUGGCGCGUUGCUGUCACCACGUGAUACCCCGCGGUGGUGCAGCGCAGGAAAUCGGAGGUUUGCUUGCAAGGAAGGCACUGUCCUACGUAUUACAGUUGAAAGAAAAGGGCUCUGCUUGUGCUGUUAAGAAAUAUUCACAUUUGGCAUCUGACUGUACAGUAAAACACCCUGCAAGAGCUGCGUGGAUCUGUAUUUUCACUGCUCUCACCCAGGUGGGAGAACCACGAGCGCCGAGGGUUUGGUUCCUGCAGGGAAUCAGUGCCGGGCCAGGAUCUGUGCUCAGACUGUCCCUGCUCCACCUGCCUGUGCCACACAGCCCGUGCUGCUGCUGCUGCAGGCAUUGUUCCUGGGGCAGGAGAGGGGGAAAUGCCAGUACUCUGUCCAAAGUGAGCUUGCUGACAAGCCCUGCCGAGAAGAUGAAGGUGGUAGAAGCUUGAGUAAAGGCACGAGUGGUCUAGCUCAGAAAAAGUGGCAGUAUUGGAAUUCAAAGCAGAUUUUACUGUUAAUUACAUAAAGUAGGUAAUAACACAAUCAUUUUUUUCUCAUGAAGAAAACUCUGAUGUAAUGAUGUCACAAGAAACAGGAUUAUUUAAAAACAAGUGUCAUCAUGUGGAAAUUCACUGCAUUGGUCCCUGUUACACCAAGGCAGCAUUGGACACACCUGAAGGCUUUUCUGAGACUGCAGUGAAUUAAAAAGACUAAUAAAGGACACAUGAAACUGUACCAAGUCCAUUUUAUACUCCAAGAUUGGUAAUGUAGUAGUUACCAAAACGGGGUAUUGUUACAAGGAGUGGAGAUUGACUUUCUUAAAAGACACCACGUUCUGUAUACCAGUCUUGUUUUUCUAAGUAAAUGAUACAUCUGACAGGUUGGCAACAUUUUUUUUGGUUCUGUUUCUGUCCUCAAACCAUUUUCCUAUAAAUUAGAAGGUUUAGCCAAAGACAAAGA